AUGGACAAAGAUUGCGACAUGGUAUAUAAGAACAUCUCUGACAUAUAUAAAUCUGGGGAGUUUAAGACAUACGACAACUUUGUUUCAUUAGUUGCUGAAUGUGUUUGGGAAAUAAGAGAUAAAGAUAGAAGAGGUAAGGUAUGGCAUGAACAGUUAAAACCAGCAGCUUUUGAGUUAAAGAAAACCAUUGACGCCUUAGUUGUUCUAGCUGGUUUUAUUUCAAUGUAUAACGCAAAAAUGAAUCCGCAAUGUUCAAAAUGUAAAGCAGCAAUGAGGAAAUAUAACUACUCCGUCAAAGAGAUAGAACGUAUGAGAAACGACUAUGCUGACUUAAAGAAAGAAGUAGAGAAACCAGCAGAAGAUAAAAUGGAUAUGUUGAACAACAAAAACUAUCCAACUGCUGACGAUUUCCUAUUAUCUGAUGUCAAGAAGAAAUAUAAAGAAACCUUCGGCAUAGUUAAAAUUUUUGAUAUCCUUCGUGAAGAAAUAGAAGCUACAAAACUGUUUAAAGUCAUGAACCAUCGCAACAUAUACCAUGUAAAACGCUUGUAA